AAGAAAGUGAUAACUACACAUAUACCGAAGCUAUACAAAAAGUGAAGUGUAUUAAACAAGAGAUGCCCACACCUUCAAGUUUCUGUAGGGAUGGAAAAUGGGAAAAGUUUCAAAGUCCACUAAUUAUGAAUCAUUGUCCAUCUGCAGCAGCAAUACCAAUUACAUUAUACCAUCCAGCAUUCACUCAUUUCCAGACAAACUGCUCAAAGAUUAAUAUUGAAGAUAAAGAUUGCAAUCAAGUCCAAGAAUUUUUAAACAUAAUGAUAAAAUUUUAUCUGAAAGAAGCAUGCAGACUUGAAAAGUUUCAUGAAUGGGCAUCAAAUUACUUUGAAGGGAAAAAUGAAAUGGGUGGUGGAAAAGGCUAUCCUUACAUUCAAGCAUGUAGCUCUUAUGCUGAAUAUAUUGGCGAGAAUGAAGAUACAAAGAUGAAAUAUGGUCUCAAUCCAGUCUUCUUACUAUAUUUAUCUGGACCAUAUCUUGGAAUAGCUGGUGCUGUGUUUGGUAAAGAUUUCACAGUAGACCCACUUACUCCUAUGGUUCUGCUUUUUUCAUUAAAUCAUGAUCCAGAAACAAUGAUCCACAUUGUGCGUAUUUUGUGUUCACUGAAGGUAGGUCUGCAGGAACUAGCAGACUACUAUCAAGAUCUAGAACUUCCAUCAAUUUUUGAAGAGAAUGGAGGCCUUAGGCCAUUCAGCUUUCCUUACUUUAGAUCAUUCACCUGUAACAAUGAAGAAAUAUCAUUUCAAUAUAUUGAACAUAUAGAAGGUAAAGAGCUUCUUUUCAUGAUCAAAGAAAAUAAUGAUGAAAGUACUUCAUGUGAUGGACAAAAUCAAUGCUUAUUGGUUAAAUUUACCUGGAGAUAUGGUGCAGAAGUUCACGAAUUUUGUGCAAGUCAAGGAAUAGCACCAACCUUAAUUGCAGUGAACAAUUUGCCUGGUGGUUGGAAAAUGGUAAUUAUGAAGCCUUUGCAUAAUGAAUUUACAACUCUUUCUUAUGCUUUGAAUCACAUUGAUGAUAGACAAUAG